CUUACCUGCAUUUCAUACCUACCCACACCCCAUCUUUCCUUUUAUAUGGUCAUUCGAAAAAAAGUUGGAACUAUAUUCAAGUGAGAUUAGAAAACCCAACGCAGUCUACUUCGUAAUGCUAGUAACGGUUGCGCGUUACGACUUUAAAGGCUCUGGGCAGUCACACACACACGCACAUACACACACACAUACGCACACACGCACACACACACAUAUAAACACACGCAUGCACACACACACAUAUACAUACACAUACAUACAUACACACACAAAAUUUCUACAGGUGUACCAUUUUCUCUGUCUCCUACUUUAUUUCAAAUACAAGGAAAAUAACAUAAAGCCAACCGCGAACGAAUUGUUUAAUAAGCAGCCAAAACAUAUAUGAUAUUUUACAUUUUAUAUAAACGAAUACAAUAUACAAU